GCAGGAAUUCCCUGCUCCAGGCAGUGCUUUUGGUUAUCCCUGCUUUCUCUCCGGGCAGUGUGCGGGCAGUCCACGGGCGGCGUGGAGGACGAGGGCGAGUCGCAGGCGGGCUGGAUCGAGGGCGCUGCCAUCCUGUUCUCCGUCAUCAUCGUGGUGCUGGUGACGGCCUUCAACGACUGGAGCAAGGAGAAGCAGUUCCGGGGCCUCCAGAGCCGCAUCGAGCAGGAGCAGAAGUUCACGGUGAUCCGCAAGGGCCAGGUGAUCCAGAUCCCCGUGGCCGAGAUCGUGGUGGGCGACAUCGCCCAGAUCAAGUACGGUGAUCUCCUGCCAGCGGACGGGAUCCUGAUCCAGGGCAAUGACCUGAAGAUAGAUGAGAGCUCGCUGACUGGGGAGUCAGACCAGGUGAAGAAAUCCAUGGAUAAAGACCCCAUGCUGCUGUCAGGUACCCACGUGAUGGAGGGCUCGGGCAGGAUGGUGGUGACUGCCGUGGGCAUCAACUCCCAGACUGGGAUCAUCUUCACCCUCCUGGGAGCAGGAGGAGAGGGGGACGAGGAGAAGAAGGUGAAGAAAGGUAAAAAAGGUGGAGCCCCCGAAAACCGCAACAAAGCUAAAACUCAGGAUGGUGUGGCCUUAGAGAUCCAGCCCCUGAAGAGCCAGGAGGGGGUGGAGAACGAGGAGAAGGAGAAGAAGAAGGCGAAGGUGCCCAAGAAGGAGAAGUCAGUGCUGCAGGGGAAGCUCACGCGCCUGGCGGUGCAGAUCGGGAAGGCAGGGCUGAUCAUGUCGGCCAUCACCGUCAUCAUCCUGGUGCUCUACUUCGUCAUCGACACCUUUGGGGUGCAGAAGCGGCCCUGGCUGGCCGAGUGCACCCCCAUCUACAUCCAGUACUUCGUCAAGUUCUUCAUCAUCGGCGUCACCGUGCUGGUGGUGGCCGUGCCCGAGGGGCUCCCGCUGGCCGUCACCAUCUCGCUGGCCUACUCUGUCAAGGUGAGACCUGGGGAGAGGAGGGACUGCUGGAAUUAUCAAUAA